AUGCAUGCCCUUCUCCUUUUGUUGGUCUUUCUCUGUCCUUCUGAAGCUGGAGCUGGGGAGAUUAUUAGUGGCAUUGAGUCCAAGCCACACUCCCGCCCCUACAUGGCCCAUCUGGAAAUCAUCACUGACCAGGGUUAUGUUGCCAUCUGUGGUGGGUUUCUCAUAAGUCAAGAAUUUGUGAUGACAGCUGCUCAUUGUAAAGGAAGAAACUUUGACUUGCAAAUUACUGUCACUCUCGGAGCUCAUGACAUGAAACAGGAAGAACCCACGUGGCAGAAGCUGAAAGUCAUCGAACAAUUUGUUCACCCAAAAUAUGACUGCUUCACCAUUCUCAAUGACAUCAUGUUGCUGAAGCUACAAACGAGAGCCGAGCUGACCCACGCUGUGGGGACAAUCCCCCUGCCCACCUCGUCCACCUUUAUUCUACCUGGGAGAAUGUGCCUGGCAGCUGGCUGGGGGAAAACGGGAGUGACAGAGCCGGUGUCAGAUGCUCUGAGGGAGGUGAAGCUGAGACUCAUGGAGGCCAAGGCCUGCAACCACUUUCCGUUUUACAAACAUAAGUUCCAAAUCUGUGUGGGCAAUCCCAGGAAGAGAAGAUCAGCAUUCAAGGGAGAUUCUGGGGGCCCCCUUCUGUGUGCCGGGGUGGCCCACGGUAUUGCGUCUUAUGGACGUGGAAAUGCAAAGCCUCCUGCUGUCUUCACUCGAAUCUCCCCAUAUGUGCCCUGGAUUAAUGAAAUUCUAAAGGGCAAGUAG